UGUUUACACUCCUGACAGCGGCGAUCGCGGGAGGAGGAGCGGGAGCCGCGGGAGGAUGGGCCGCCGCUAGGCUCGCUCUCGGGACGCGCGGGGCCGUGCGAGGCGGGGUGGCCGCGCCUGCAGCGUCCGGGGUGGCGGGGGCGGCGCGGCGCGAGGUGGCGUUCGGCUCCGGGCCCCGCAGUCACAGCCCCCGGCCCAGCGGGCCUUCCCGCGGCGCCGCCUGGCCGGGCCGCCCGCCCGCGCGCCCGCCCCGGGCCCCUCGCGGGCAGGAGGACGGACGCCUCCCAACUUCCUGAGCCCUGACGGUCCUCUUCCUGCGGACGAUGGAGGAGCAGUCCCAAGGCCCGCAGGGGCCCCCUGCCCCCCAGUUCCAGCCUCAGAAGGCCUUGCGGCCGGAUAUGGGCUACAACACUCUGGCCAACUUCCGGAUCGAGAAGAAGAUCGGCCGCGGGCAGUUCAGCGAGGUGUACCGGGCGGCCUGCCUGCUGGACGGCGUCCCGGUGGCUCUGAAGAAGGUGCAGAUAUUUGACUUAAUGGACGCCAAAGCCCGUGCUGACUGCAUCAAAGAAAUAGACCUGCUCAAGCAACUCAACCAUCCAAACGUGAUUAAAUAUUACGCGUCCUUCAUUGAAGAUAACGAGCUCAACAUCGUUUUGGAAUUAGCCGAUGCUGGCGACCUAUCCAGGAUGAUAAAGCACUUUAAGAAGCAGAAGAGGCUGAUCCCGGAGCGGACCGUGUGGAAGUACUUCGUGCAGCUGUGCAGCGCCCUGGAGCACAUGCAUUCCCGCCGCGUCAUGCACCGAGACAUCAAACCGGCCAACGUGUUCAUCACGGCCACGGGCGUGGUCAAGCUCGGGGACCUGGGCCUCGGCCGCUUCUUCAGCUCCAAGACCACCGCGGCGCACUCUUUAGAUGGCCGCCCUGCAGAGCCCCUUCUACGGCGACAAGAUGAACCUGUACUCGCUGUGCAAGAAGAUCGAGCAGUGCGACUACCCGCCACUGCCUUCCGACCACUACUCGGAGGAGCUCCGGCAGCUGGUGAACAUGUGCAUCAACCCCGACCCCGAGAAGCGGCCGGACAUCACCUACGUGUACGACGUGGCCAAGAGGAUGCACGCGUGCACCGCGAGCAGCUGAGCGCCGGGCGUGGACAGCCCCGCGCUCCAGAGUGUUUCCUGCGGCUCGGACCUCCCGGCGUCCUCUCGUCUGGGGGGCGAAGUGACUCCUUCAGAGCUCCUGCGCUUGGCCCCCUUCCCCAGUUUUCAGAUAAGCUUCAUUUGUCCCCACGUCAGCGCCUUCUCGCCAAACCCGGUGACCGUGGGAUAAUCAGACUGCAUGUUGGGAGAGGAGACGGGACAGCUGGUUCUCGUGGCUGAAGACCGGGGCCUCACGGAGCGGUCUCCCCGGAGGAGCGGUGUUGGGGUCGGCGCUCAGUGCCAAACACUGCGGCGCCCCGGGCCCUCGCGGGGGAGACGCCGCCUGCGCGGGCGUCCGGGGCCGCGAGCCUCUCGGCCGCGGACAUCGACGUGAACACGGUGGUGAACUCGGGGUCGUUUUCUCUCUGAAAGUUGGACUGUGUGUUUCCGUCCUCAGCGCUGUGGCUUUUGCAGUCCGAUGGGUAAGAGAAGUGUGGACGUCGGCCGUGGGAGGAACAUUUAACACGCUUCGCGUACACGUUCCAAAGGCAACUCUGGCUGUGAAAACGUUUGGGGACAAAACGCGAGUCAGACCCCGAGAGUCUCCGCCCCGUUUGGUGUGGUUUCCCGCCUUUGGCGUCCUCGCCGCAUUAAACGGUGGCCGUGAGCCCGCUGACUGGUUAAGGAGUGGCGUGGCUGGUGUGGCUGGCGUGGCUGGCGUGGCUGGCGUGGCGGUAACCUCGGAGGGGGCGUGUACCGAGGGUUCUCUGUGUUUGUUCUUGUUUGUACAUUUGGAAAAUAUCCUUUAAAUACUCUCGCA